AUGGCUCGAAUUUUCUUCGAUAUUGGCUCUGAAGAUGGAGAGUUGAGGGAGCGGCUUACGUUUUCUAUCUACAGGAAUGUUAGCGCCCAGACACGUGACUUUCUUUUCAAAUUCAUUCGCGAAGCGGGACCGAACGCCUUCAGUUACCGGGGCUCGGCGGUCUAUGCUUUUACAAGCACAUUCUUUGCAUUCGGUAACUUGGCCCGGCGAGGAAUAGUGACAAAGAGCCACUCGUCAGAUCCUUUUUACUCUUUUAGAACCCCUAAACUUGGCGCAGGAAGACGUAUUGCACAGGAGGGCCAUCUCUGCCUAAUCUCCGCAAGCGCCACUUCAUCCUCUCAAGAGCUGCUGGUCACCCUUAAGGAUUGUGCCAACUACGAAAAGGACCUAGUCUGCGUGGGCGAGUUGGACGGAGACACGUCUGCAUUGGCCAGAAUUGCAUCCUAUGCAAACGUGCAAAUGCUUCGAACUAAGGGCGUCAUUUAUAUUAUUAAUUGUGGUGUCGAAGGAGAUCCUUCAGUACCUGAUUCUCCUUUAGUGGACCUAGUCAUUCAAGGCGAAAGAGAUAGACAGGCAGCAGAAAAAGAACGCGAAGAUCACUGGCAUCGCGAGUUCUCUCUUAAGCUGGGAAAGCCCGCGAUUGAUAUGGCAAAAGUGCAUAUUUAA